GUUGAUGGAGAUCCCGGAGGGCCCGGGCGUGUCCUUCAAGAUGGGUAUCCACACAGGCCCCUUGGUGGCGGGCGUGGUGGGAACCAAGCUGCCACGUUACCGGCUCUUCGGGGACACGAAGCUUGGCCGCUGGUGUCGGAUCAACACAGCGGCGCGCAUGAUGCAGAAAGGCUUGCCUGGUGAGGUCCAGUUCGGCGAAAGCACGAAGAAGAUCCUCCCAGAGAGCGUCAAGUAUCACCCCCGGGGGCCAAUCGAGAUGAAAGGCAAGGGCCAAGUCAUGGCUUACCUGCUUGACCACGUCAAGCACAGCCGUGAAAAUCUGCACAUCAAGACUGAUGCCACUUUGCUGGAGGUUCGUUCAUCUCCCAUCGCUCUAGGAAGUCUGCGUUAG